AUGCAGGAAUCCUCUGGCGAGAAAGUGUCUAGCCCGCCAAAGACUGGGAGAGUCGAGGACGGUAAAAUCCGCAAAAUUCGCACUGCCCACCGCAGCGAAACCACGCCGAUUCAGCACUUCAAUGGAAAAACAUAUGCUUGCGAAUCGUGUAAGAGGGGACAUCGCGUGAACAAGUGUGAUCAUGGGAGGACAAGGCCCAUUUCUGAGACCAAUCAACCAGGCCGACCAUCUGCUGGUCAGAGGAGAGGCUGCCACUGUCCCAGGAACUGCGCUUGCACGACCAAAACCUGCAAAUGUCAAAGAGAUUGUGCCUGCACCCAAGAAAUGUAUCUGGUUGUCAGAGUCGAUGCGCCGCAACUCAUUAGUCGCGAAGCAACGUCUAGCCCAAAGCCCGUGUGGGAGGAUGCUAAUGGGAAUAAAAUGACCUUGAAGAAGGUAUGGGCCGACGCAAAUGGAAAGGAGCUCAAUGAUGAAGAGUACCAAGAACGAAAGAGAAGGAUGAGAGAGCGAGAAGGAGGCGCCUCGAAAACGGCAGAGGCCUCUAAAUCGAGUUGCUGCGGCUCCAAAAAGCCGAAAGAAGAACCACAGUCCCCUGAGCCACUCUCAACAGGCGGCUGUAGACACCGACAGAAUAUUGAGAACCAACCGGAUUCAGCCAGCCUUGCGGCGACUCCGGCUGUCCCAAGCGUGUCUGUGAAGCAAUCAUGGAAAGCGGCUUGUUCUUGUGGCUCGGCCUGCUCUUGUUUGUACUGUCCAGAUCACCCCAAUAACGCCACCUCUAUCAACCAUACUCAACAACAAGUGAAGAAUCUGGCGGAACAAGCGUACUCGGAAUUCGACGGCUUGAUGCCAGUCUCAUUCAUGCAAGGAAAUGAUUCGACGUCUUGUAUGGGUGGUCGGCCGACUUUCUUCCUUUCACGAACUCCCAAUGUCUCUCAACAACAAUUGGAACAGUACUUUCCCCAGAGCUCUGAUCCAAACGCCAUAUACCUCAGAUAUCCUAUUUCGCAGCACUCUUGGACCAAUCAACCCGCCAGCUCCCACUGUUCUCACGUCCCAUCUCCGACAACGGUCAUGGCUAUGACUCCCGAUCCGAGCGAAUCUUACAUUGAGCCAUUGCCAGAUUUGUCGCAACCGUCGCUCGACUACGACUUUCUUCCAAACAAUACCAAUGGGACUUGGGACUUUUCAGGUGGCCAAUUUGGCGGUUCUUCGUUUAGCUGGAUGGACUUUGAUGCUUCCCGAGGCACUGACUAUAACAUAGGCCAAGCUACUGUUGCUUCGGCAAUGGAUGGAGGCAUCUUUUCGGUUUCUCAGGCUUUACCAGGCCAGCAACUUCCUGAAGUCAGCGUCAACAUGGAUGCAAUGCUGAGCCCGACACACCUGAAUGGUCUUCCUGCUCUUACCAGCGAACAAUAUCCAUCCCCGUCGACACCUUUCGACGCGCAAAACACUUAUAUCGAUUUCACUUCCCCGUUGGCGGAUGGCCGAACGCACCAGGCGAGUUUUGCACGUUCGCCUAGCGCCGUACCACAAGUACAAUCAGGACCAUGUCUUUUUAGCACCCAAUCGAUGAACCCGACACCCCAGACCACCCAGUCUCUCAGAGCACCACAGCCUCAGCCUUCUGCGGGACUUGCUGGUUCUCACUAUUCAAUACCAAUAUCUUGGGAUCAUUUCGACCCAGUUAACGAGGACCAGACCAGCGGCAACCUCACAACAGCACCCAUCGCAACUUCACCUCAACUUUUGAGCCGAGUAUAG